ACAUCUUUUUCGUGAGCAGUGGCUUUUCCUUGCUACACGUCAUUCUCAAAUUUGACGUUUCAAAAAGAAAUUUAGUACUGCAUUCUGCACACCUGUACCUGGGAGAAACGUCCCAAACCUGUUGCACAUUUACCUACUGCUCAAAUUAGUUAAUCAAGUUUAGUGAGAUGUAUAGGUGCCGGGUAGCCGUUAUUUUACUGGCCUGCUUAGUGCACCUCAUAAAUGGACAGCAGCAUCCUCCGGGUGUCAAUCCACAGGUAUACCAUCAGCCUGGUGGACAACAAAUGUCUCAACAGCAAGCACAGCAAAUGGCUCUUCAGCAACAGCAGCAGCAGCAAUAUCAGCAACAGCAACUUCAACAACAGCAACUUCAACAACAGCAACUUCAACAACAGCAACUUCAACAACAGCAACUUCAACAACAGCAACUUCAACAACAGCAGUUAGCAAUGCAACAGCAGCAACAGCAGUUGGGUGGGCAGCCAAUAGGUAUGCAACAUCAGCAACCACCAGUUGUCCAUCACCAAGUACCUGCUGCCCAGGGCCAUCCACCACCUCCACCAGCGGGUCAUGCUCAUCCUCAACAAGGACAACAAGUUUUCAACGCCCAACACAUGGCAAAUGAAAGAGACCACAUUGGUGAGCAUGUUGGAAUGCCUGUGGACACCAGUAGAAUGUCCGAACAAGAGCUACAAUUCCAUUACUUCAAGAUGCAUGAUGCUGACAACAACAAUAAACUAGAUGGAUGUGAGCUGGUCAAAUCGCUUAUCCACUGGCAUGACCAAGCAAAUCAUGAUCCUAAAGCCGGCGCGCCGUUACCUGACCCAAAAAUUUUUACCGAUGCUGAGCUGUUAGCAAUGAUUGAUCCAAUUUUGGAUCAGGACGACAAGAAUAGGGAUGGUUUUAUUGAUUACCCAGAAUUUAUCCAAGCUCAGCAAGCCACGGGUUCUGUACAGUGAUGAGCUUUCAGUGGAAUUUCCAAUCCUCGAUCCCUUAAGUGUACCUCUUAAUGUUUUAACGUGACGAAAAUUUUUGACAGGUAGACUUUAAAUAUUUGACGUGUUAAUGAUGCAAAGAUCUGGACUAUGUAUUUUUAGAUGGUAUAAGAUGUGUGCAGGUGCUGGUGAUUUUAUUGAAAGAGCAUAAUUGAAAUAGACUAACGAUGAUGUGUUUUAA